UUUGGUGCUUUAUCCUUAGAUUGACCGAGAAAUAAAGCUAGACGGCGAAAGAAAUGUAUUUUAUGUAUGAAUAAAGAUGCGUUUAAAAUGAUGCUCACGUGGUACACUGGCGUCUUAAGCUAAGAGUAUGUCUCCUCGGUUUUUGCCGUCCCCUGAGGAUGAAAGCUGCGGGUGAAGGAGGAUGAGUGUGUGCGAAUCCCGCCUGCUGCCAAUGUCCCGGAGCUCCUCCUGAUGGCUGCACGGCAGCGGUGGCUCAAUGUGAAGAAGACAGAGAACGUUCGCACUCAGACUGCCGCUACGGAACCCGGGCGUUAAAACUUGCAUCAAUUCCACCACCAGCAGAAAACAAAUUUCAUUUUAAAGUAUGAGUCGGCUUUCAUACGCCUUUCCUCGCAAAGUCAUGAAGACGGGUAGUGAAUGAAGAAUUCUGCUAUAAACAUUCGUUUAAAAAAAUAGACACAACUUUUCCUGUAAAGUCAAGAAGAGGCUAGCCAUGAAUUCGAAGAGCUUCAGCGCGGAAGUUGUGGAGAUGGGCCUGUGUUGUAGAGAGCAGCAACAUUCUCCGGAUCCCCGGUUCUUCCGAAGGCACAGGUACCAGGUCAAGAGGAAACUGAGACUGUCGCGAAUUGUGGGCUUUUGUCUCGGUUUAAUGGCUCUCAGCGCGUUCUCGAUCUUAUUCAGUGCCUUUGCCUGGACAUCAACCAACUCAGCAAAACCACAGGUCCAACGCAGAACUCUACUGGGGUUCGAGGAAAAGCAGAAAAUAUUCAAGCUUCAAAAUUAUACCGCCAGGUCCGAACUGGCUUUGAGGUACGAAGUGCCGGCAGCCACGUCCCCUGAGAAUAAUAGCGCCAACGUUGGAGACUAUCCUAGAGAUAUUUUUACAGUGGAGCAACGAAGGAAAGGAGCUGUCCUACUCCACAUCAUUGGCAUGAUUUACAUGUUUAUAGCCUUAGCCAUUGUGUGCGAUGAGUUUUUUGUACCGUCAUUGACAGUAAUCAUUGAUAAACUGAAAAUAUUGGAUGAUGUGGCGGGGGCAACUUUUAUGGCAGCAGGCGGAUCAGCCCCGGAGCUCUUCACUUCCUUAAUAGGAGUUUUUAUAUCUCACAGCAACGUUGGGAUUGGGACCAUAGUGGGUUCCGCAGUGUUCAACAUCCUGUUUGUAAUCGGAAUGUGUGCUGUAUUCUCCAGAGAAAUUUUGUACCUUACCUGGUGGCCACUGUUCAGAGAUGUGACCUUUUAUAUUAUUGACCUAAUUUUACUUAUUGUGUUCUUCCUGGAUAACGCCAUUGUUUGGUGGGAGAGUGUGGUUUUGUUGUUAGGCUAUGGAUGCUAUGUGACCUUCAUGAAGUUCAACACUAAGAUUGAAAAAUGGGUGAAAACGAAACUAAACAGGAACAAAGUAGUAGAAGCCACAGCAACAGAUGGCGAUGAAAAGGAUGUCAAUGCUGGUCAGAAGAACCCCAACAUGCUCACGCCCAAGCCACGUCUGCAGCGGGGUGGGAGCUCGGCUUCACUGCACAACACACUCAUGAGGAACAGCAUCUUUCAGCUAAUGAUCAACACCCUGGAUCCACUGGCUGAAGAACUUGGAGCAUAUGGAAAACUUAAAUAUUAUGACUCAAUGACUGAAGAAGGUAAAUUCCGUCAUAGAGCUUCAAUACUUCACAAACUGGCCAAAAACAAAUGCAAUGUGGAUGAUGCUGAGAAGCCUAAUAGCACUCCUAAUCACACAGACAAAGUAGAGCUGCCAAAUACAGCCAACGUAGAAGUUGAAGUGACACCUCCGAAGGAUCCUCCCCCACCAUUACAGAACGGAAGCCUACCCAAUGGAGCAGAGGCUGCAGUAAGCCAGGCUGAAGUUACCACACAGAGUGAAGAUGAAGAUAAGCCACUUAGUUUGGCCUGGCCAGAUACAACACGUAAACGAAUUAUCUUUCUAAUUAUACUGCCUAUUGUGUCCGUCUUGUGGUUAACCUUGCCUGACGUUAGGAAGAAGAGCGCCAGGAAAUUUUUUGUGAUUUCCUUCUUUGGAUCAAUCACCUGGAUUGCAGGCUUUUCCUAUCUAAUGGUCUGGUGGGCUCACCAGGUUGGGGAGACUAUUGGGAUCACCGAAGAGAUCAUGGGAUUGACAAUUUUAGCAGCAGGCACUUCAAUUCCUGACCUAAUCACAAGUGUAAUUGUUGCGCGGAAGGGACUUGGUGAUAUGGCAGUGUCCAGCUCAGUUGGAAGCAAUAUAUUUGACAUUACAGUUGGCUUGCCCCUGCCGUGGCUUUUGAAAGCCUUCACCAACAACUUUCGCCCUGUCCAAGUCAGCAGCAAUGGCUUGUUCUGUGCUAUUGUCCUUCUUUUCAUCAUGCUCCUCUUCGUCAUCCUUUCAAUUGGAGCCUGCAAGUGGAAAAUGAAUAAAGCUCUUGGUUUGAUAAUGUUUGGACUAUACAUUGUGUUUCUGAUCGUCGCAGUUCUGUUGGAAGAGAAGGUCAUUGAAUGCCCUGUUACAGUGUGAGCUUCGUGACUGCACACAUUUUCUCAAUUAGAGGUACAGAAGGGAAAAUGAUAACUCAUUCUGCUCGCUGCAGCUUUGUUUUAUUUUCCAGACCGACUCAGCUGGCACAUGUAAUUUAAUGGUGAAUGAAAAAGUAAUACUAAAAAAUAGCAACUGUUUUUUUUACUUGAUUGGUUGACUUUCUGACCUCAUUUCAAGCAAUGAAUAAAGUUGAUGUUUGUGUCUUGGAGAGAUUUACACUUUCUGGGAUUUCACUGGAUUACUCUGAUGUCUAUGGAAAGACUACUGCCCAAGUUGGUUAAAGACCCCUUAAGAAGAUUUAUUUGAAUGUCUUUUUUGUUGUUACAUGAAAUUCAGUGGGAGACUUUUUCUGCCAGAUUUUCGAUAUUGAAAAAAUAUCACAUUAUAUUUCAAAAUGACUGGUGUGAAUUAAUUUAUUUUUGAAAAGAAAAUGGCGCAUUAAACUGAUUUUGAGGGUAUCUUCUGGGUUUUGGUGGUAAUAAUAUUUCUGGGUUCUUCUAGACAGUUAGCCAAAUUUGCCUGUUCUUCAGGUACUACAAAUCAGAUUAGUGCUGGAGAUGUAAUGAUUGCUACAGUCACUUCUGUAAGUCUUAGUUUUUUUUUUGCACAUCUAUUAAGCCAUUACAUAAUUUUAUGUUUUAGUUUUUAAUAUAUUUUUGUCUGUAGCUUAGCACCACAUUUCUAAUCACCAGUACAAUUUAUGAAUAAAAUAAUGAAGCGGCUAUAGAUUGAAUUUGCUUUCAAGUACCCGAAUCAGACGUGAAUGGUAAGAUUAAGGUCGUAGAGCUAUUAAUCUAUUGUUAAGGUUGUAGCUAUUUAUCUAUUAUAUAUAACAUUAUUGCUUUGCUGCUUUGACACAAACCAAAAUCAAGUCGCUGACAUUCUGCCAUAUUGUGGAAGUAACACCUUAGGGCCUAUAGAUUAUUUCUGCACUUUACUUAAACAAUUACAGAUAGACAUUAUUGUAUGUUUUCUUUAUCCAUUAUGCUCCUUUUUUUAAGACCAUGAUAUAGAGUCAAAUUAAACCUGAUGUGUAGUUAGUUAAAAUGCCUUUCAUUGAGUUAGAUAUUUUAGUUUAAUCCCUAAAUGUGACGGUUUAAAAAGAAGUCUACAUUCCUCUGUACUUGUAAUUAGGUUUCAUAUGCAUCAUCAAAACACAAGUGCAGUAAUGAAUUGAGUUGCUAAUGCAUUGCAAAAGAGUUUUCUGUUUGUAGAUCUUUGUACAGAUCUCCACAUUGAUUUUCCUCUCACUGUAUAAGCUUUGUGCAGUAUUUACAGGGAAAUUCUAACACUGGUGGAAGGUGUGGCAUGCCAGUCAGCAUUGUGCCCUCAUGACUUCACAUCUAACAUAGGUCUUCACUCUUAAUGCUACUGUUUCCAGCUUUAUAUAAUACAGUCAAUAUACAGAUUGAGUAAGUGGGGAAAUAUUAUAAUGGUGUGUUUUUUAAUAAAUCUAUAUAUAUAAAUAUACAGUAUAAAUAUAUAUAAAUAUUUAAUUAUCUAGGGCUUUUUAAUGUUAAUGUUCAGCAGAUAUUCAAAUAGUUAGGAUUCAAUAGAUUUAUUUACAGCUGUCAAUAAAAAUUAAUACAGCAAUAAUCUCACAUGGAUGGAUACUUAAGUCCAUGCUUGGACUAAUGAUGGCCAUAAUGAAUGUAAUGAAAUGACAUAGGAUUAUUGUCAAUCUUGGGACAAUAUGUGCAAUGUGAUGUAUGUCUGAUGUUCUUGCAGGCAUUAUGUCUUUGAAGUGCAAAAGAAGCUAUGUGUACUUAUCAAAAGCAUUAAUCAAAACAAUAAUUAUUUAAACAUGAAUGUAGAUGAAACACAAGAGUAAUAACAAAUAUACACUCAUAUUUUCACUGAUUAUAUCUGUUAAACUCUAACAUUUAGUCUUAACGUAAUAGCUUCUGAUUACCUAUUUCAAACUACAGAGACUGGUGCUCGCUUUGUCCUGUCAAUGGUAUUUAGCUGCCACCAUGACAAAAACAAGAUGGAAGUGAGAAAGAGGAUGUUUUACUGUACCCUUAGACAGCUAUGGCAUGUUACUUCAAUAUUCUUGCGGUUAGAGGUGAUUUCCAAAACAAUUUCACGAGGUUAUCUCACUAGAAUCUAUUGUUGAGAUCAAAUUAAUCAUUCUUAUGUGAUAGAAAAAGGGAAUUAAAAUUAUCCACUGUGAUUAUGAACAUUUUUGUGUUUUGGGCAGGAAUUUCAAUUCUAUAAAUUUUGUCUUUAUUUAUUUUAUGCCCUUGACCACCUCCUAUGAUUGAUUUUACCCCAUUGGGUUCAUUAUUGGGAGUAGUAAUAUUCUGUGGCCUCUCAAUCUUCAUUUCUUUGCUAAAAAGACAACACAGUACCACAACGGUGAUUAUACUCCUUGCUGUGAAGUCCAUAUUCCUCUUUCUACUAACUCCUCUUUAGGUGCCCUACUGUUGAAGCAGCUUUUUAAGUUCAUAUUUUAUGCAAACAUAGGUAGAAAUUUCUGUAGGCUUGUUUUAAUUAUCAGGUGUGCGUCUCAACCAAGAGGUGCAAGACCAAUAAAAAUUGAACCUCAGUCCUCUUAAUUCAGUGAACCCCUAUUUUAAGAAAAAAAUAUUAUUCAAUAGCCUCACCAGCAAUAGUAAAUUCCAAUUCUUAGGGAUAGUAGGAAUGGAAAAAGAUAAUCUAACUUCUGUCAAGGUAGUAAUACAUUCUAAUAUUUAAAUGUAUAUUUCAGUAACAUAUGCCAACAAAUAAUAUCCUGAUUUGAACAGGUCUGGCUUGUCACUAUCAAUUUUCUGUCACAGCGUCAUUGAAUGAAGAAUGGCUUUUUAUUUGUAUAUUUAAGAAAAGCAUUUCUUAUAGGUGGCUGUCAUGGUUACCUGAAAAAAUAAUCCAGACUAAAUGUCUUUAGGCUUACUUUGCACAUAAUAAUACCAUCCCCAAAUUGGCACUCAGUGCAGCCAUAUUUUACAUCUUGCAUUGCAGACCAAAUUCUUCCUCAAAGUAUCACUUUUUAAGGCAAUAAACAGAUAAUGUUCAUAAAUAUCAUGAGAGCUCAAUUCAUGUCAUCUCAUAAGCCCUUUCACUAGGUAGAGUUUUACCAGUUGAUUGAAUUAUAAAAGGAUUUUAAAUUAUUCAAAAGAUAAAAGUUAUCCAAAUAAUAAUUUGCUAAAAGAAGCUGGGAUUAAAUUAGAUUUUUAUUCUAUUAGUUCUCUUUCCUUCUGAGUAUCUCUGCCACCCGCCCCACCAAAGUCCCUUAUCCAGCCACUAUUUAUUUUAGGCUCCACAGAAAAUUACAGCCAUGGGGCUUGGCAGAUGCAUUGAUGGCAGAUUACAUCAUUUAAAUGCUGCAUGGGGCCAGUUAAUAAGAGACUGGAGAAAUGGCUCAACCAUUGCUCCGCGCACCAGGUCUUUGUCUAAUGAUUCCUCUAAGUAAUAAGCCCAAGAUUGGGAACUCAUCAGUGUGCAAACACACAUCUGAUUUUAUCAGCAAUGUAAUUCAAUUGCAUGGUUCUUUAUAAAAAUUGAAUAUUAUUUCAGGUACUUGUAGGCAGCAAAAUCAGUGAAUCAAAAAUCAUUGAAUCAGAAACUGUGCUCUCUUGAUCAAACUUAAUAUUUAAUACUUUAAAGGCUCGGUAGUUGAGGACUAUCUACAGUGAGGUACUUGCAAGUAUUACGAGGGGUUUCACUGAUUACAAACAAGAUUCAUUCAGUCUGUGCUAAUGGGUGGUGGUCAGCACAAACCAGCCCAAAAUGUUUUUAAUCACUGUCAAGAUGCAACUGAUGAAAUGCUAUAACUACUUUUUUUGCAACUUUGUGAUCAUUUCUUCCUUUACCUCAAUAAAUAACAGAGCCUUCUAUGAGCUUGGAUUUGGUUAAGUGAAUCACUGAUUCUAUAAAGAUUGCAUUGCUUGGGUUGACAAUAUUAAAUUAAUUAUUUAUUGACAGCAGUAAAUUAACAGAACAGAAAUAAGCUAAUAAUGACAUAAAUACUUUGAAUCUCUUACACUACCCCACAGUAAUUUUUGGCAAACCAGUAAUUAUUAUGUCAGCUGCUUGUUAAUAUUCCCAAAUAGAUUUCAACCUCUGCCUCUGACCACUUGUAUUUCUGAAUGUACUGCAUGAAAAUUAAAUAGUGACGUUUAACAAAACCAUUUCUGCACAGAAUGACCUUUCUAAAUGAAGAAUAUGUGAUGCAAAUUUCAUCCAUCAAACUUCAAUAUAUAGUGUCUGGAUUUAUUAUAAACUCCUUAUCUUUGUGCCAGCACACCGGUGGGUGCAGUGUGAGUUAUGAAGGAUCAGUUCCAAAUUCAGUAGGUAGAAUAACCUCAGAUCUCACCAUCCUUGAAAAGAACUCCAUUAGAAUUUGUAUCAUGCUUGCAUGCUAACUAUAUGGCAUGUAAGCAAUGGGUCCUCUGAACAGUCACCAAGAAUUUUAAAUAUGUUUUGAAAUAUAAUAAAUGGAUAAAGAUUUGAAAAUGCUGUGAUCUUAUGUCUGGUGGAAGACCUUACAAAUGUGUUUUAAAGGUAACUACUACUUAUAGAGGCACAUAAAUAACCUUUAUUAAGCACUGUAGAGCACUUAUGUAAAAAGAUAAGUUGGGCUGAAAUGUGCAUGUCUUUUUAAUGAUGCAUACAUCAGUUUGGGGAAUUAACACACUAUAAUGUUUCAUUAGGAAAACUCAUCGGUGUUGUGCAUCAAUGAAAAAUGUUUCAAAUUUGCUUCUCCUAUAUCUGAAGCAAAGCAAUAUUUGACUGCAAUAUUUUAAUGGUAACUGUCUGUUCUCAUAUAAUCAAUACAUCAGUGAGUAUCUGCCAAUAUGCCUGGAGAUUAUAGAUAAUCUAUAGGUUUAAGAUUUUAUUUUUCUCAUUAAAACUCGAGUCAUAUAGAAGAUAUAUUUCUCCUUUAAUGAUAAUAAAUAACAAUCUGCAAAUGCUGAAAACCUGAAAUAAGUUUUGAAAUAUGCAGCAACUGAAAAGACAGGUUUAUGUUACAAGUGGAUGAUUUCCAUCAACAAGGGUCUCCAAUAUAAACAUUAAUUCAUCUUUUUUUCUCAAAUUGCUGAUUAUGCUGUGUUAUUUGCUUUUUUUUGUCACAAGUUAUAUUUAUCUCAUUGGGAAGUUUUACAAAAAAGGCCAGAGUUCCUAGCAAUGCCAAAAAUAACAUAGUAUGAUACCCAUUUUGACACUUAUUAGCUACCUGAUUGUUUUGUAACCAUAGGAAUGAUUAUAUCUGUUACAACACAAAGUUUAUCAUCCUAUUUUUUUAAUGUACACAAAUAGUUCAGCAACAUGUUCACUCCCUUCUGUUUACUUGCCUCAUAAAUUGUCUUGUAGUGCAAUUUCUUAAACAACCUUUACCAGUUUGAUUCUGUCUCAACACCCUGUAAUCUUCCCUAAUAUUAAUUAUAAACGCCCUGCACGUUGGCUUUGCAGUAACCAAUGCAACUUGAGUUAAUAUUCAAAUAUUGAUUACUAACAAUGGGAUGUGACAUGCAUAAUUUCAAAAUACUGACUAAAGCAUAGGCUAGAAGUCAAAUGUACUGUACUGUGUAUUGAUGUAGUCCUCAUUACAAAGCUCAUUAACAGUAGUGCAUAACUGUAUAUAGUAAGAAAAUAUUUGUACAUAAUCUAUUUAAAAUAUAUAUUACUGGCUUUCUGAUAAGAACUUUGUUCUUGCACUAUUGUUAUUGCUGUGACUGUAAGGUUUCUCCACUUAAAGGCAAUCUAUUUAAAUCGUGUCUCUUUCUGUAAGAUAUAAUAAGUGUGGAAA